AUGUAUCAUAUUAAAAAUUUGAAUAAUGAAGAUGGAUUAACAUCAUACAACGGCUCGGAACAAACGGAUGGCUUGAAACUAAAUAAUGAGUCAGAUCUAGAUGACCAGAAAUUAUCGUACAGGAAACUUUUCAACAUUCCUUCCAGAUUUAAAUUUACUGAAACACAAUUAAAUUUGAUCAAGAAUGAGCAUGAAAACAUAUUUAUGUGGUUCGUUGCCGUGUCAGAUAGAUCAACUAGCUCAACUAGCUCAUCAGAAUUUAG